GAGCUUAUCGAGUCUUAAGUGAGUCACUGACUCGUAGCUACGAGUCAACCCAGUAUACUCUUAAACCCCUAAAGGCUGAGACUUUGAGCUGCAAGGAGUAAAACCCCUCCAGGAUUAUCUUACAGUGCACAACGCGGAGAAAGAUAGUCAGGAGGAGCAUCAUCCAUGGCGUCCCUUUCUUUUGCUCACUUCCCUUACUUGCCCAGUUGGCAGUCAACUAGGACAAAUCAUCAGCCAGUGAGCUAUGCCCAACUCCAGGACAUUAGAUUUCGGAAUAGGCUGAAGAAAAUUGCAGCCAUUUCAGGUGACGAAGGAGCAACUGAGAAUGGGCGAGUUGUGAAGAAGAAGAAGGCUACCAAGACAACUAAACGAGCCACCACGCGAACCAAGAAGAAACCAGUGGUUGCUGAUGGUGCUUCAGAGGAGGAGGAUUCAGAUACUGAUGAUGUUCUACAUGUGGAAGCAGUUCGAUCUGUACCCGGUGAAUCUUACAGGAAAGGAACUAGGAUUACAAGAAAAAAAGCUCUAUCUGCUUCUGUUGAAACGGAAGAAGAGAAACCCGACAAGAAAGUUAGGAGGGGGCGGAAGGCGAAUAAGAAAGAUGAGAUUGUGAAGGAUCAGAGCAAUGAGUCUGAUGUUAGUGAUGUGGAUGGGGAAGGUUCAUUUGUUUCCAACAAUGUGGAGGAUUCGAGCGACGAUGGAGAUCUAGACUUCUUGGAUAAAGAUGAAGGGGAGGACAUAAGCCACACUUAUGGUUGGCCACCACUUGUUUGUUGCUUUGGAGCUGCACAACAUGCUUUUGUACCUUCAGGGAGGCGAGCUAACCGGCUUUUGAACUAUGAGAUCCAUGACAGGAUGAGAGAUGCGUAUUGGGAGCCCGAGAAUUUUGUGAGGGCACCCGGAGGAUGUGCUGGUGGUGUGGCGGUUGCUCUUGCGAGCCUGGGUGGUAAAGUUGCUUUCAUGGGGAAAUUGGGAGAUGAUGACUUUGGUCAGGCUUUGCUGUAUUAUAUGAAUGUGAGCAAAGUUCAGACGCGUUCAGUGAGGAUGGAUGGUAAAAGGGCAACAGCAGUAUCACAUAUGCGGAUCGCUAAGAGAGGGCGCCUCCGGAUGACUUGUACAAGACCUUGUGCAGAAGAUUGUUUAACCAAGUCUGAGAUAAAUAUAGAUGUGCUCAAGGAGGCAAAGAUGUUCUACUUCAACACACAUCCUCUGCUCGAGAGAAACAUGAGAUCAUCUACUCUGCGGGCGAUUAAGAUAUCACAAAAGUUGGGAGGAGUUAUUUUCUAUGACGUAAACCUCCCAAUGCCACUGUGGCAGUCUAGUGAGGAAACCAAGGAAUUCAUACGAGACGCAUGGAACCUUGCUAAUGUUAUAGAAGUAACCAAGCAAGAACUUGAGUUUCUGUGCGGGAUAGAGCCCACUGAGGAAUUUGAUACAAGAAACAACGAUGUAUCUAAGUUUGUCCAUUAUGAGAAAGAAGUAGUUGACCAGCUUUGGCAUGAAAAUCUUCAAGUCUUGUUUGUAACCAAUGGUACUUCUGAGAUACACUACUACACCAGAGAGCACAAUGGUUCGGUUCUUGGCAUGGAGGACCCUCCUCUUACUCCUUUCACCUCUGACAUGUCUGCAUCUGGAGAUGGCAUUGUUGCAGGUAUGUUGAGAAUGUUGUCAGUUCAGCCACACCUCAUUACUGAUGAAGGCUACUUGAAACGCUUGAUCCGAUACGCAAUAGACUGUGGAGUCAUAGACCAAUGGAUGCUUGCAAGAACACGCGGGUUCCCUCCGCAUGAAGAAAUGGAAGACGAAGAAAUUGAACCUGAUGCGAGUGGUAUGAGAUCAAUUACUGAGCAGGAACACAGGACGGUGUUGUCACCAAGCCAGUAAUCUUACAUUUUUCUUUUUCGACAGGGCCGGUUUUCUAUUUUAUUACCCUUUGUAAAUCAAAGUUGAGUAGUUCUCAGGGUUCUUGGCCUCUGGUUCUUGAUUGAACCAUGUAAUACAAACCUUAUUUUUGCUGAGCUAAAAGAAUCUUUCUUGACAAAUUUAAGAGGUAUCUUCUGAUUUAUCACAUUCGCAGGUUACAGGGGCCAAGUGGCCUGGCCCUACCUUCAAGUAGCAAAAUUAUAUAAUGCAAGGAAAAAAACAGCAUUGCUGACCCACCUGGGAGUAUCUCUGGUCAGUUUUGAUUAUUGUUGGCCAUACAAAUUAUGCAAACCCCACACACUAAAGUAGUCAUUUCCCUGAAAGAGAUAAUUGGGGCUGUUCCCAUCAAGAAUUUGAUAUUGUGAUGACAAUGAAGAGUAGGUG